AUGGUUCCCAAGGCCAAUGAGAUGCAGGGAUAUGCCGACAGCAGCGAAUUAAAGAAUUCCUUUUCUGCGACACCCAGAAAAAAGACAUGCACCGCUUCUCAGCCCCUAUGGAUCAACGCUUAUGAUGAAGAAGUCGCAGAUUCUGAAACCUCGGGCCAAGCACUUCAGAAACGUCCUCAACCGUCCCUCCGCAAUCUCCGACUCCGCCAUCGACCGGCUCCCCAAGUAGCAAUCAACAUCGACCAGGAUCUUCCGUCUUCUCUCCCAAAAUUCAUUCGCGUAGUGCAACAACUCUCCAGCAAGGAAACAUCCGGUACCGACGCGAUCCCAUCUGAAAUCUACGAGCACGGCAGCCGCCGACUGCUGGACCAAAUGACGGCGUUAUUUCGAUAG